GCAGAGUGAGAGUGACCAAAAGCAGAGGACUGAGAGAUGGAGUGGAGCCCGUAGUUUCUUGCUGUGGGGCUCUACUAAGGGGAAGGGGAACGACGUGAAGAGAAAAUGUACCUGCCGCUGCUCUUCCUCCUGGUCUCCUGGCUUCCAGGCUGCUGCACUGCAGAAUGGGCUAUCUCUGGCCCGGGGACGGCAAGCGGCAGGGAGCAGGGCUCCCUGACUGUGCAGUGUCGUUAUGCUUCACAGUGGAAGACCUACGUCAAGUGGUGGUGUCGAGGAGCUGAUUGGAGCAGCUGCAGGAUGUUGGUUAAAACCAGUAAUUCAGAGCCAGAGGUGAAGAAGGACCGCGUGUCUAUCAUGGAUGACCAGAUAAACCUCACCCUCACAGUGACCAUGAAGGAUCUCAGGAUGAGCGACGCAGAUAUGUACUGGUGUGGAAUCGAGAGAAUUGGACUUGAUCAUGGGGUCCGAGUUCAUGUCACCAUUGACCCAGCACCGUCUACAGUGUCCACCACGGUACCCACUACCACCACCACCACCACAUUUACAGCACCCACCUCCGUGGAGGAGACCAGCGUCUUCACGACUCUGACCAGCGUGGGUGGCAGGCAUAGAGUCACAGAACUCAGCAUCCUUCUCCCAGUUGUCUUCGCUGCCUUGCUGCUUCUCUUGGCUGCAGCCUCACUCUUGGCUUGGAUGAUAAUGAAGCAAAAGAAGAAAGGCGGUAACUCCCAGCCUGUGUCCCCCUCUUUGCAGCCUCAGGAGGAUGAACUCUGCUAUGCAAACCUGUCCCUGCAACAGCCAGGAGCAAACCCCAGCUCUGCCCCGCCAAGGACCUCCGUCAAGCCUUCUUCUGCCCAGGCCGGCCAGGCAGAGGUGGACUAUGUCGUUAUGGCCCCCUUUCCCAGGACGGAGAUCUCCUACGCAUCUCUGUCUUUGGACGCGCUGCACCGGGAGCCAACCUACUGUAACACCCCCGCUCCCGGCACGGGCCACGAGGAGACCACGCAAUACAGCAGCAUCAGGAGGCCCUAGGCUCUGCUUACCGCCUCCCUCCUGGACCCGGACAAUGUGUUCCUACUCGUCUGCUCUCUGUACCUGGCCCAAUGGUCCGACUGGUGCUUGAGACUGUGUUCAACCAGCAUAGCUCCAUACCCCCCCUCCGCCCCCCAGUUCUGACUUGGGCUCAGGGCCCUGGUGGAAUCGGCGGCCUCUCCAUAGCCCCCCUGCUCCCACAGGCUUGGGAAGAGGCUGAGGGUACACACUAGGAGCGCCAUGGGAAUUAUAAUGGUGAUAAUGCCAUUGGUAGUAAUUAACCUUUAUUUAUUGCUUACCAUACCCAACGGGACGACUAAAGGUCCCCAAAGAUGUCUGCUCCCAGAAUCUGUGAAUAUGCCUUGUAAUGC